AUGGCGCGUAUCAAGCAUGUGAACCAAGAUACUCAUCAGAUAGUUGACGAGUAUGGACGAACCAGAUUCUUUCACGGAACCAAUGUUGUCAUGAAAGAGGAACCGUGGUACAGGCCGUUUGAGUGGACUCCGGGUGUCUCGUCAUUCGGCGAACGAGAUGUUCAGAAUAUGCACGACUUGGGGCUCAAUAUUGUUCGGCUUGGUCAUAGCUGGGCUGGCGCUGAGCCAGUUCGCAGCGAGUACAAUCAGACCUUCUUGGAUAUUAUGAAGAAGCAGACAAAGCUGGCAGAAGAACAUGGUAUCUAUGUGCUGGUGGACGUGCACCAAGAUGUACUGGCCAAGCAACUUUGCGGCCAUGGCGUACCUGAUUGGUUCGUCAAGAAGGACUGGAUCACGGGUUUCAGAAGAUUCCCGUUUCCUCAGAAACUAAAGCCGUUUACCACUGACGCCGAUGGCUUUCCUUCGCCUCAAUCACAAUGCAAUACCAUCGAUUGGUCACUGAGCUACUUGUCCGUGGCUGUCGCAAAUGCCUUUGGGAGACUUUACAAUAACUUCGACGGUCUGGGAGACGCUUUCGCCGCUUACUGGAAGAAGCUGGCGUCAGAAUAUGUCGACACUACUAAUGUCGUGGGAUACAAUCUUCUCAACGAACCCUGGGUUGGCGACACAUACGCCGAUCCUACACUUCUCGUACCAGGAGUUGCUGAUCGCAAGAAUAUGGAGGGACUUUGGAACAGAGCAACGAAACAAAUCCGUACCGUUGACAAUGAUACACUUAUCUGGUUCGAGGGCGCUACUUUUGAUGUUCUGUCAGGCUUUAACAACGUGCCUCUCGGCGACGGGUCCAAGACAGUACACUCGUUCCACUACUAUAAUCCCCCGCAGCUGGGCCCGCUGAAGGAUACACUCUACAAUCGACAAAAAGACAAUGUUCGACUCAAGACUGCGGGUGUUCUCACAGAGCUGACGUUCUGGAUGGGUGAUGAUAAGCAGAUGGCUGGCCUAGCGGAAGCCAUGGCAGCAACUGAUGCGAAUAUGGUAUCUUGGAUUGGAUGGGCGUACGAGAAUCUGUAUGACGGAACAUCUGGCAAGCCAUAUCCAGAGCUGGAGAAGCACUACAGCCGUGCGUAUCCGGCUGCGAUCGCGGGGACACCUACUUCCUUUGGGUUUGAUGAGACCUCGGGUAUACUCAAGCUGAACUUCACAAGCGACCCCGACAUCGAUGCACCGACUGAGAUUAUUCUUCCUACUUUUACGUUUCCGAACGGGUAUGAGGUCCAAGUUCUACCUAGUGGCAGCGUGUUGCAAUACAAGCCCGACGAUCGCACCCUGGCUUUGUUCACAUCCAGGGCUCUUGAAAAGGAAAUGGAGAUAUCUGUUGAGAUUUCCCGCAAAUGA